AAUUACCACUGGUUGGCCCUGGGAUUGACCGGCCCAUGACGUGAGAGCCGCGGCGGCAAUGUUCCGUCAGCCCUAAAUCAAGACCAUCUCGUCUCUGUUGCUAGUGCUCAUGGUGCACGGGCUCGGAUGCGAGGCUUUGCCGUGCCGGAGGAAGGCGGUGUUGUGUUGUUGCUGUUGUUGGUCCAGGAAUAUCUAUCCCCGGUUGUGUUUCAACAUAUGCAGGACCUCCUCCUCAUUUCCAUCGCGCAAGCCCUGCGCUCCGACGCACUUUGCGUGCAUUGCCUGUGCGACUGGAGUUUAUCCCGUCGAAUCUUGCUGGUCUUACAGACUCCACCUCGCGAAUAAUAAUCUUCAUUUCAGAAUCUCCUUCGCAUCGCCAGUCACAGCUAACAAAGAACCCAAUGGUGCGAAUUCGCUGGCGGGAUACCCUCCCGCUGCUCGCCGCCUCGUCUGCGGUCGCCCUCGAUUCCGACUUCUCCUUCUAUCCAAAGAACGCGCAACCAUGCCUCAACAGCGCGGCCAGCAAGUCCAAAUGUUCCGGCUCGGAUGCCGUGGAGCUCAACACCUGCUUUUGCGGUAACGAGGGCGACUUCAUCAUAAACACGGCCAGGUGUCUCGGGAAGGACGACAAGGAUGAUGUGCAGAGCGUGUACAAGAUAAUGUUGCAGGCCUGCACGGAUUCUCACACGCCCAUGAGCGUAAGCCAGAGCGACUUCAUCCAGGCCGCCAACGGCCAGGACUCAAUAACAACGACUAUUACGACGAUGCCGACAUAUACGCCAACGGACGGCAGCCAGACAGUGACGGUCACGCCUACUGCUACAGGGACCGAUGGAAGCAACGGUAGUGGGAACAGCGGCGGGGGCGACCGCCUGUCAAGUGGCGCAACGAUUGGCAUCGCAGUCGGCGCUUCGCUGGCGGGCAUGGCGGCACUCGGCGGCUUUGGAUACUUGUUCCUCCGGCGACGCAGGCGUGGUAACGUCGAGGAGUCACGGCCGAUGCUCGUGCCGCCCGAAUACUACCACCACAUGACAGGGACGGCGACGACGACAACAUACCCACCGACGGAUCCUUCAAUCGACUUCGGAAGGCUCAGCGCCAUCACCGAGUCCAAAUCUGCGGCGUGGCCUCCCUCCCCGGGCUCCGCGUCGCACCCUAGCCCCGGGACGUAUCCCUCUCCCUUCACGCCCUCGCCACCGCCGCCGCUGCCGCCACCGCCACCGGACGGCAUCGCGUCCCAGGAGCCGUCGCCUGCCGGACUGGAGAUAUUUGAAAUGGAUGCAACGAGCGUUCCCAAGACCAGCGGUUCUCCAGGGAAGCCGGACACGCAGUCUGGGAUAUGACAAGAGGGGCAGCUCGACGAGGGGCGUUGACAGGGACCUUGACGGCGUUUAAUUACUAGAGUGAAAGAGACGCAUUGGGCAAAUGGCGCACGUUGGCGAGUCGGGGGUAAGAAGCACUUGCGAUAUAGUAAUCAGGGGCCAUUGCCGCAAGACUGUCGAUGAUGUCAGGCGCGCUUUGGAGCUUGCAAUGUCGUUCAAUAAUGCAUGGUUUCGACAACGGGCAUGUGCCGGUACGGAGGCCGUCCGGAGUAUCCACAUAGCCAACAUGGAAACAUAGGCAGGAAAGAGUGUCGC